AUGUCCGACUUUUUCAAGGACACGGCCCAAAAGCAGGACUCGACCAAGCAUGACUUUGUCCAAGCCUCGCACGGCAUCAUGAGGGCCAUUGUCGAGCCGCUCGUCACCCAGAUGGGCUUCCGCGAGACCCUCACCGAGCCCGUCGUCUUGCUCGACAGCGCGUGCGGAGCGGGCGUGCUGACGCAGGAGGUGCAGGCGGCGCUGCCAAAGGAGCUUCUGGAGAGGAGCUCGUUUACGUGUGCGGACAAUGCCGAGGGCUUGGUGGACGUGGUGAAGAGGAGGAUUGAUGAGGAGAAGUGGGUGAAUGCAGAGGCCAAGGUCCUUGAUGCCCUGAACACGGGGCUCCCAGACAACUCCUUCACCCAUGUGGGCAUUGCCCUGGCACUGCACAUCAUCCCCGAUCCAGAUGCCGUCGUCAAAGACUGCAUCAGAAUGCUCAAGCCAGGCGGCAUCUUUGGCGCAUCGACAUGGCCCAAGGCCAGCGCCGACAUGUUCUGGAUCGCCGACAUGCGCACCGCCCUGCAGUCGCUCCCCUUUGACGCGCCGCUGCCAGACCCGUUCCCCAUGCAGCUGCACACCUCGGGCCACUGGGACGACGCCGCCUGGGUCGAGAAGCAUCUCGUCGAGGAUCUGGGGCUGGCCAACGUCUGUGUGAGGGAGCCGGCGGGCGAGUACAGCUUUGCGAGCGCGGACGAGUUCAUGGCGACGUUUCAGAUGAUGCUGCCGUGGAUUAUGAAGACGUUUUGGAGCGAGGAGGUGAGGGAGAAGCAUUCGGUCGACGAGGUCAAGGAGUUGGUGAAGAGGCAUCUGGAGGACAAGUAUGGGGGGAAGGGAUGGACCAUUAAGUGGCGGGUGAUUACCAUGACUGCGACUGCGAGCAAGUGA